CUAAGCAACUGUAGAAACUAUCGCAUUAUCAUGUGAUUGUCAAAAUGUAUGAUAAAAACGAAUGGCAGGCAAAAGCAAAAUCAAAAUAGUCACAAAUUUCAGAAUUUUCAAUUGGAAUAAGUUCAAAAAUAUUUAGAAAAAUGACGAACAAAAAUAAGAAAACCAGCGCUGGCAUUGCCGGUGCCGCUGCCCCCUCAAAGCAGGCCAGACAGCAGUCGGAGGACUCUCAGGACUAUAGCUCUUUCAAAACAGUGCUCUUCUAUUGCAUGCUUAUUGUGUUCCUACCUGUGAUCACAUUCUUUCUGUUAAAGGCCGUCGUUUUGGAUGGCUUCUUCGAGAUGAGCGAGUUGAAAGUUAACAUUUUCUCGGCGGUCGGUGCCGUGGUGGCCUUACACAUUGCUCUCGGACUGUAUAUCUACCGCGCCUACUUUGGAGGCUCCGGCUCCAAGGCAUCGAAGGUCGACUAAGCUUCAUCGAGGACGCUCACCAUUUCCAUUUUUGUUCUAGAAAGUAUUAAGUCAAACGAAACACUUUUGUACAUACACAUACAAUGUUUAUAUGCCCGAUAGAGA